GCGGAACGCCCCGUGGAACGCCCCGUGGAACGCCCCGUGGAACGCCCCGUGGAACGCCCCGCGUGGAACGCCCCGUGGAACGCCCCGUGGAACGCCUCUUGGAACGCCUCUUGGAACGUACUUCGGCACGUGGAACACCAGGCGAAACGCAGGCGGGACGCCGCCAGGACGCACCAGGACGCCGUCGACACUCGGUCAGCGCGGCCCCGCCGAUGCCCCGCCGAUGCUUCGCCGGCCGUGCGCCCCGUCUCGGGCGUCUCGGCCUUAUCAGGUGCUGACUGAUUCCGAGUGGCAGCUCUCUCUCGCACUCAUGGGGCGCUCCGUGCCGAUGCGAGAGAGAUAGACCGACGGCCGCUCUGUGCGGAAUCAGUCUACAGUGUAUCGACAACACUGUCGCCGGCCCGCCUCUGGGACCUCUCGGACCUCUCGGACCUCUCGGAGCAGCCCCAGUGCACGACAUGCAGGCCAUGCAGGAAUACGAGAGCGGCGCCGCUCUAGCGCCGUGAGCGGGGAGGGGGAGGGGAAGGACAGUGAGGCGUGCUAGAGGACGAAGCGCUGCGACUAGAGGGACAGAGGACAGCGUGCCGCGUCAAGACGAGUGCUUGAGGACAGUGUGCCGCGACAAAAAGAGUGCUAGAGGACAGCGCGCAGCGAAAAGAAGAGUGCUAGAGGACAGCGCGCAGUGAAAAGAAGAGUGCUAGAGGACAGCGCGCAGUGAAAAGAAGAGUGCUGGAGGACAGCGCGCUGUGAAAAGAAGAGUGCUAGAGGACAGCGCGCAGUGAAAAGAAGAGUGCUGGAGGACAGCGCGACGCCACUAGAAGAGUGCACGAGAAACAACAUUGCUUGCUCGGCCGCGACAACAAGACCGGAGAGGCGUCGCGAGCCAACAGGGCACGACGAGCCUGGGAACUGGGACUCCCUGACUCGUUGACUCUCUGACGCCAGGAGCCUGUUUAUGUGUGGGCCCUAUCCGGCCCCGGAACACGGCGGCGUAUUUUGGUGCGCUCUUGCGAGGACGUUUGGGGACCACGUGUGGCGAGCGGUGUCAGCGUGAGUGUGUGUGUGUGUGUGUGUGUGUGUGUGUGGUGUGUGUGUGUGUGUGUGUCCCCGCAAUCAGCUGGCGGCCGCGGCGCCCAGGCAGACUCGCAGACUGACCGUCACGGCUCAACGGAGUGCACAGAGUGGUGGCCGUUUCGGCGCAGAGUGGCCGUGGGGCCGUUGGGGCCGUGACAGAGCAGUGUGUCAGUGUGUGGCAGUGUAGGGCCGGAACACGGCCAUUGAGCAGGGCCUGGCCGGCCUGGGCCCCAGUGGGCCUGGCUGGAGUGGCUGGCCCUGGGCAGGCCCCGCCUCGAGCCCCGCGCAAGGGAAGACUGGAGGAUCAGCCAAGGGUUGCUGCAGCCUGGAGGCUGGAGGCCUGGAGCCUGGAGGCCUGAAGCCUUGAGGCCUGAAGCCUGGAGGCCUGGAGCCUGGAGGCCUGGAGCCUGGAGGCCUGAAGCCUGGAGGCCUGGAGCCUGGAGGCCUGAAGCCUGGAGGCCUGGAGGCCUGGAGCCACCCCGACCGGAGGGCCCCGUGGAGCAGAGCCCUCCUGAAGCAAGGCCUACCUGGAGACCCGACGCGACGGCCUCGUAGCUGGACUUCCAUGGGAUAAACAGAGAGGACAAGAUGGCGUCCCUCUGCGCGCCGCCCUACCCUCUGCUGCCGCAGGUCUUCUACUCCCUUUUCGCGUCGCUGAGCUUCUACUCGUCGGGGCUGUGCGCGGGCUGGGCCUCGCAGACGCUGGUCAACACGAGGACGCGGCUGUGGGCGUGGAGCGUGUGGCCGCAGGAGGUGCCAUGGAUCCCGGGCACGCUGUGGCUGGGCGCGCUCAUGGCGUGCGUGCCGGUGGGCUACGCCAUGGACAAGUACGGGCGCAAGUACGUGAACCUGACGGUGGGCUUCCUGUUCCUGCUGUCGUGGCUCAUCGUGCUGGCCGCCGACAUGCGGCCCGAGAACCUGUACAGCGCGCGCGUGGUGGCGGGGCUGGCGAUGGGGGCCACGGCCAUCGUGGUGCCCGUGUACGUGGCCGAGAUCGCGGGCCACGUCCGCGGCACACUGCUCACCGUGUCCAGCGCGUGCGGCGUGGCGGGGCUGCUCAGUAUGCACGCCCUGGGCCCCAGUGUAGGCUACCGCAGCCUCGUGGCGCUCAGCGUGCUGCCCGCCGUGCUCUUCCUGGGCACCUUCUCCUGGAGCCCCGAGUCGCCGCUCUUCCUGGCCGUGCAGGAGCGCUGGAACAAGGCCACCGAGAGCCUGACCAGCCUGCGCGCCAGCGCGCGCGCCGUCAAGGCCGAGCUGGCCCAGCUGAUGCGCAAGGACGAGGAGCUGGUCAAGAUCGUCUGGAGGCAGCUGCCCAGCAAGCCGGUGGCGCGCAACGUCCUGCUGCUGGCCAUGGGGCUGUCGCUGCUGGCGGCGCUGAGCGGCUACAACGCCGUCAUGUUCUACACGGCGCUGCGGCUGCCGGACUCGGCCGACCCGGCCUUCAUCGGCGCGUCCACCUUCUCCAUGUGCGUGUCCGCGGCCAGCCUGGCGGGCUGCAUGGCGUGCGUGGCGCUGGUGGACCUGGUGGGCCGGCGGCCUCUGCUGGCGGCCUCGGCGGCGGCCUGCACCGUGUCCAUGGCCGGCGUCGGCUACGUGUUCCUGGCCGCGGCCCGCUGCGAGGACCGCGUCGACACGUGCGGCCUGGGCUGGUGGCUCGUCGUGGGCCAGCUGUCGUGGGCCUUCGCGCACGGCCUCGGCCUGCUGUCCCUGCCCGCCACCCUGGCCGUGGAGAUGGCGCCCACCAACAUGCGCGGCGUGGUGGCCUCGUCUGGCACGGCCUGCGCCAUCCUGGGCUCCAUCCUGGCCACCGUGGCGCUCGAGAUGACCUCGGCGCACGAGGCCUGCUGGCUGUACGCGUCCAGCAGCGCGCUGUGCUUGCUGCUGGCCUUCGUGGCCGUGCCCGAGACCAAGGGCACGCCGCUGGCCGCCGUGCAGCGCCUGCUGGCCGAGCGCUACGGACCCAGCCCCGCCGUCGCCGCGCCCCCCAGCGCCAACCACGGCCUCGGCGACGUGCCCCUCGUCAGGCACAACGGGCGACCCCUGCCGAAGCAGCAGUCCAAGGCCGAGGCCUCCGCCAGCGAGGCGGAGCCCUGAGGACCGCCCGCCGGCCUCCAGGCCAGCAAGUGCGAGGACCUGAAGUGAUUUGUGGACUCGUGGUACGGACACGCUGCCUGGGCGGUGACCGCAGUGACCGCGCUGCCCCUGGCCAGACCGGCGCUCGGCAACAAACGCCUUGCGAUCGAGUCCCGAGUGGUCUCAAGAGCCUCCCACAUGGCGCCGUGCGGGUCCGGCCGUCGACCCGCCGCUGCUGCCCUGCCGGUUCGGGUUCUGGUUGCUAGCCGCGCCGCGCCGCGCCGCCGUCCCGCGGGACCAGGUAUCCCGGACGCGCCUUUCGCUGCGUCGAUCCGAUAACAGUAUUCCAAGGCACGCUGUUCAGUGUGCACUGCAGCCACUAGCCACGCCCACCUGCGCUAUCGCAGUGUCGCGGCAGAAACGAGCAGCCGAUUGAUUCGACUGCAACGCACAGUGGGCCAGAAAACCGGUGGAGCCAGCCGA